UGGACUUAGAAAACUUAACCUCGGCCUGAAUAAAAGUCAGGUGAGAGUGGAUGGAAUUCAUGCACUAUGGAGAUGUUUGCCGGGCGGUGCUUUGUUUGGAUACUUCUGGAAGGAACCUUUUGUUUGUUGGUUCUUGGGCAACAUCAUGCCAAUUUCACCUUAAGCAAGACAGCAUCACCUGAACUCAACACAGACCAAGACCCUUCUUCACAUGAAAACUGGGCACUCCAAACUAGAAGUUUGAUUCAGAAUACCAAACUACCCAUCAGUCCUUUUAUUCCUCUUUCAAAGCAGGGACUUCUGGAAAUACUUGGAGGAAACUCCCAGUCACACUCCAACCCGUCCUUAAAGAUAAAGCUUCGACCCAUUAUGAAAGUCCACGGAACAUCUAAAUUCUCCAGGUUUUACUCAAACAUCAAAACCGUCAAACUGAAUUUGCUGAUAAUGGGCAAGAUCGUGGAUCACGGGAACGGCUCUCUUGGAGUCUACUUCCGCCACAACUCCACAGGUGUGGGCAACGUGUCGGUCAGCCUCGUCCCACCGAUAAAAGAGGUGGAGUUCGAUCUGGAGCGCCAAAGCGUGGUCAACCCAAAAGACUCAAAGACGUUCAACUGCAGGGUGGACUAUGAGAAGACUGAACGCACCAAAAAGGUUAUGCUGUGUAACUAUGACCCGUCCAAGACGUGUGCUCAGGAGCAGACCCAGAGCCACGUCAGCUGGAUGUGCUCCAAACCCUUCCAGGUCAUCUGCAUCUACGUGUCUUUCUACAGCACAGACUACAGACUGGUUCAAAAAGUGUGUCCAGACUACAACUACCAGAAUCCAGCAGCCUACCCACCCACGGGUUAACUAGAAGUCAGGGACACCAGAGGAGAAUAAUGUUUCAUUGAAGAUAUUUUUUAUUUCUCUUGGGAAUGUUUGUUUUACAAUUUAGCAAAUCCUUUAAAGUAUAUGUUUUAGUGACAUUUAUUUGCUUGUUGUAGGCUACAAGAAUUGUAAUAGACUUUUUUUUAUCAAAUGCAUAUAAUUAGGACUGCAACUAACGAUUAUUUUCAUUAUGGAGUUUACGAUACUAAUCGAUUGAUCAUUUGGUUAAAAUGAAAUGACAAAGUUGUGAAAAAAUGCUCAUCACAAUCUUUACUAUCACAUAAGACUAAUGAAAUCCUUACAAAUGAAGAGUUAGGUAAUAUUUAGAAUUUUCUUUGUUUAAAGACUGACGUGAACAAUUAAGCAAUUCACAAAAUAGCUUCCAAUUAAUUUUCUAUCGACCAAUCGAAUAAUCAAGAAAUCCUUUUCACUCUCCACAUAAUUCCUUCUACAGUACUUUGCUGGAACUACAUCAUAGCACAUUUUUGGGGUUUGUAGGGGCUAAUGUAUAGUUUUAGCUUGUAACACUUAAGAUAUUAUAUAUAUAUA